AUGUACAAACAAAUGGCGAACAAUUUUUUUGGUGAAGACAAUUUGCAGGUUAACUCAUUAACGGAAAUAUCGCACAGAGAAAGGCGGCUUAUUAAUCCAGCAAUUUAUGCCGAAUCUUUGAGUAGUUUUCAAGGGGAAAAUUUGGAUCUUGAUUUACAAAAUGGUGGAGAGCUUAGAAAAUGCGACUUAAUCGACGGACUUGCUGGUUUGUCAGUAGAAGAUCCUUGUGUUUAUAAUUCUAAUUGCAACUCUUAUAGUAAUUAUAACUAUAACAAUUACAAUUAUAAUAAGCAUGAAUUAUUGAAUACUUAUCGCUGCAAUUCAUUGAGUUCAUUAACGUCCUCAAGACCAUCGGUAAAUUCUUCAAAGACUAGAUCUACGCGAACAGAGCGACGCGGCAAGAUUAUUAAUGACUUUAAUGCUGAGCAAGAAGAUGAAGAAGUUCAGAGGUACUCAGUAAAUGGUUACAAGGUUGUACAAAUAUCAACAUCUUUGCCAAAUUGCACUUCAAAGCGCCCUCGGUCUUCGGAAAAGAAACUAGCUUACGAUCAAUGGAUCGAGAGAAAGAGAAGCGAACUUUUGGAACAAAAGAAGAAAAUUGCGGAGAUUGAAGAACAAAAAAGGAUUCAGGAAGAAAAAUUGCUAAAAGAAAAAGAAGAACGUGAGAGAAAAGAAAAAGAGAGUUUCGAAGCCUGGGUUGGGAAGAAAAAGCAGGAUGAUUUAAAGAAGAAAUUGAUCAAGGAAAAGGAACUGGAGAUGGAAGCAAGGUUGAAGGAGAUUGAGGACAAAACUGUGAUUGCUAAAGAAAUUUGUCUAAAGCACUGGUGUAGGAAAAAGGAGAAACAAAUCGAAGCACAGAAAAGUGAGGAGAAGUUGAAAAUUCAAGAGGCUGAAGCUGAUAAGAAGAUGAGACUCGUGAAAAGUGUGGAAGCUUUUGAAAAAUGGCGCGUUAAAAGUAAAAAGUGUCCAAAACCUGCUACUCAAGGUCUUUUACGUAAGUGAUUAAG